AUGGACAAUCAUGCAGCGGAGCUCAUACUCCAGGAGCGGGUUCCCAUUGGAGUCCUGUUGCCACAAAAUGGCACUGGAGGCGGGAACGUGCACUUGCUCAACACCACAUUCGUCUUGGAUCUGCUGUUCGAGAUUACCCAAUUGUAUCACUUUAAGAACUUUAUUUUCUACAUUUCGGAGAGACUGGAUCUGAAAAACAAGGACUCGCUGGACUUUUUUCACGACUUCUGGACUACCUUCCCCCUGGCUCCCAACUUGAUCAUAACUCGGGACUACAAUGCCGCCAUUCCGAUGGUACAGUUUCUCAGUACUCCCUCCCUGGUGAUGGUCUACACAACGGAACGUGACGACCCCAUUAUGGAAGUGGCAGCACAAACUAUGCGCGGAAUUCGCUGGCUCAAAACCAUCUUCAUACUGUACCCCUCGCUGGACACUCGGGACUUUGAGGAGAGUUUCGACUCGUUUGCACAGUUCUCCAACGACAUCAAGGACAUUUACGACUGGGUGUGGGGCAGGCAGUUCAUUAACACAGUCCUGCUUACCAUCAAGAACAAUGUGUUCCUGCUGGAUCCAUAUCCCACGGCGACAGUAGUGAACAAGACAGACUCGUGGCGAGCCGAGGAGUUCUUCAAGAAGCACAGCAAGAACAUGAAGGGUUAUGUGGUGAGAACGCCCAUCCUGUAUGACCUGCCGCGUGCCUUCAAGUCCGACCGACCCACCAAUAGCUACGAGAACAACUUUGUACACGGCACAAGCGGCAACUUGUUUCUGGGUUUCCUUGAGUUUGUCAACGCCACGAUCCUGGACACCAGCACAAACGUGUCGACGAACUAUUUGAACCUGACGAAUCUCCUGGAUCUGGUGGCCCAGGGUGUGUACGAGACGCUAAUCCACUCGUUCACCGAAAUGCUCGGCAAGUACGUGGUCAGCUACAGCUACCCGAUUGGCAUCAACGACUGCUGCCUCAUGGUGCCAUUCCUGAAUCAGUCACCGACGGACCAGUACAUGCGGGAGGCGCUGCAGGACAAUGUCUGGCUCUCGAUAAUCCUCUUCGUCUUCUACAUAGCACUGGCCAUCUGGUGGUGCUCGCCCCUGCGGCCGCGCGACUUCAGUACCGCCCUGCUGCAGUCCGUUUGCACUUUGACCUACAUGGCGCCCACGUACAUCAUCAAGACGCCAACGUUGCGGAUGCGCUACUUGUAUCUGCUGCUCGCCAUCAUGGGCAUUGUUACGUCCAACAUGUACAUCUCGAGGAUGACCAGCUACUUCACCACAGCUCCGCCGCAGAGGCAAAUCAGCACGGUUCAGGACAUAGUCGAGGCGAAUCUGAGGAUCCUCAUGAUGGGUGUGGAGCACGAUCGCAUGGCCAGGUCGCCGCAGCAGUACCCGGCCAGCUUCAUGCAGCAGGUGGAUGUGGUGGAGAAGCAGGUUCUGGACACACACCGUGAGCCCUUUAACACAAGCUUCGGCUACACUGUGACCACCGAUCGCUGGGAGUUCCUGGACAUGCAGCAGCUGCACCUGCGGAAGCCCAUCUUCCGGCUCACGGAAAUCUGCGAGGGUCCCUACUAUCAUGUGUAUCCCAUGCACCGCGACUCCCACCUCCGCUCGCCCAUGAAGGAGUUCAUUAUGGUGGCCCAGCAGGCGGGCCUCAUGGAUCACUGGCAACGCGAGGCGUUCUGGGAAGCCGUGCAUCUGCAUCGCAUCAAAGUUCCCGUUCACUAUGAGGAGCCGAUCGCCCUGAGUCUGAGCUUCCUCUCGAGCAUGCUGCGUGCCUGGUGCCUGGGUCUAGUGCUGGCCGGACUCAUCUUUGCCAUGGAGAUGAAAUGGUACGAGUAUGUGACCUUUCGGCGACGCGAUGCUUUCACCCGAAAGCCUAGAUCCUUUCUGAGAAGAUUCAUGAGAGUGUGA